AUCGCGGUCAUCCACCUUCUUCUCCUACCUUGCCAAGUUGAGCUCCCCUGUGCUCUAUCUCUUCCCAAAAAAAGCUUCUCCCCAACACAUGACUGAAGAACUCCGGCGAGCUCCUUGUCAUGGCACGGCGGCGCGACUCCGGCGAGCUCUUGGCAGUGGCACACGGCGGCGUGCCCGUGACCGUGAGGGAGCCUAAGGCAGAGACACCUGCACGCGCCCCUGCUUUUGUAAUAUGAACGGGGAAGGUCUGUUCUUCGCGAGUUCACAGAGGAGAUUGGUUACCAUGGUGUUUUGCCAAAGGUCAUGACGAUCGGCUCUCACCUCACUGCCUACAACUCCCAGGCCGAACGUGAGCUCAGGCGAGAGCAAUCCCAGCUGCAGUAACAGCAGCAGCAGAUGCGGCGUGAUCAGCUUCGCAGGGAUCAGGAGGCGCUACAGGCUGGUCGCGAGCAGCUGCGCCAGGAUUAUGAGCAGCUGCGCAAAGAUCGUGAGCAGCUGCGACAGGAUCGUGAGCAGCUGCAGCAGGAACUCCUUCGCAGGGAUGAUAAAGCAUUGGAGGAUGCCCAGAACCAGCUUCGCAGGGAUCAGGAGGCGCUACAGGCUGGUUGCGAGCAGCUGCGCCAGGAUCUUGAGCAGCUGCGCAAAGAUCGUGAGCAGCUGCGAAAGGAUCGUGAGCAGCUGCAGCAGGGACUCCUUCGCAGGGAUGAGAAAGCAUUGGAGGAUGCCGAGGCUGGUGACGUUCCGAUCGCUGGUACUUGUGGGCAUAGGUGAACUGUGGUGGGACUGGGGCACCAUGGUAGUUGGGUCAACUCACCAGAAGUGAACAGUAGUGAGACUGCAACACCAUGGUAGCUGUCUGUGAUAUACCAAGUUUAAUGUUUUUUAGUAAUUCGUAUCUAUUGCCACUAGGUAUCUCUAGUUACCUCUCCUGAAGUGAGACCUGGGCACUUUUAUCUAUUGGAUCUGUAGUUACUAGUUACCUCUACUGUUGUUGAACUGUGGUUGUAUCUAUUAGAAGGCUUUGAGUACUCUUGUUUCUUGUUUGUCGUGGUAAUAUGAUUCGGUACUGGCCUUGAGUUUGUUGCUGUAAUGUGAUUCGGUAGGCCUUGAUUUUGUUGUUGUAAUGUGAUUUGGUAGGCCUUGAGUUUGUUGCUGUAAUGUGACUCGCCACUGGCUUCGUUUCGAGUAUUACUUUGGUGACUCGUCAUUUUU